UAGCUGAACAUUGCACACACCUCGAUCCAUCGAUCUCGGUAUCUUAAUGGCGAGAGCGCUCAGCGCGUCCGCCGCAGACGGCACGGCAGCGUCGGCGUUGGGCUUCCUGCCGCCGUGGUUGGCCGCGCUCUGCAUGGUGGUGGCGUCCGUGUGUCUCGUCUCGUUCGCCGUCUUCCUCUGCAGCCGAAAGCGCAAAAACUCGCACGGCCACGACGCCCCCAAGAAGAAGCCAUCUGCCGCUCCAGCAGCCACCAGGAGGCCGGCGAGUGUCACGCCCGCGACGUCCAAGGCGAGGUCCGGGAGUAUAGGCACGACGACGGGGCUGUGUGGCGCCGCGUACGUCGGUCCGGCCGGGGGAUGUCAUGGUCACGGACACGGUGGUGGUGGAGGCGGGUGUGGCGGUGGCGGCGGGUGUGGUGGCGGGGGCGGGGGCGGUGGCGGCUGUGGCGGGAUCUGCUAA